AUGGUGAAAGUCCCGUCGUCUUACGAUUACACGCCCACUAUUUCCGGGUUAACCUCGGUACAAUACAAAGACUUGGGUUGUGACCGCGAUGAGAUGCGAAAAGCAUCGGUUCGACAGCAGUCCGAGGACAGGCAGAGACGAUUGGCCGAGAUCUUGGCACUGAACGAGAAGCGUAUCGCGGACCUAGUGAUCCGCCGGAAGGCUGAUAAGUUAAGAACCCAGCAGAAAGGUAAUGAACAUAAUGUACACGUCCAGUUACGAUUGGAAAAAAUCCGUGCUUUCGAUCUCAAUCGGAAACUGAGACUGAUCGAAGCGUGUAAGCUCAGAGAUAAAAAAGUAAUCAGGCAAAUAGUGGAUUCGAAACGAGCAAAAAUAACUAUGAAAUGGGAAACCGAUAUAAAACGGUACCGGGAACUGUUUGCCAAACAGAAAUCGAUUAUAGAGAAUAACAAGAGUUGCUUAUUGACUCAAAGCUUACCGCCCAAAAUACCCGAACCAAAAAAGGUCGAAAUCGAAGAGGAGGAACCAGUCGAUACGCAAUCUUCAGAAAGUUGUUCGUAUACCAAGUACAAUGCAAACAGGAUACAUGAAAACGCACAUACGGUAUUACAUGAUUAUUAUUAUAAUGUGCACAUUUUGUGCAAAGAAGUUUUCAACUAGGACUUCGCUGUGUAGGGUUGGCUGAGUGUAAAAAUAUUGGCGGUGUAAGGGUGUUUUAUACCGCUGAUCAGAAUUCUUGUUCUACUGGGUCACUCUAUACGAUCGAAAUUCGAAACACUAACACUCUGCACUAUUAUUAUCGGGGUCCGGAUAUUACAAUACUGCAGAAAAUAACUGAAAUAUGCGCUAUAAAAUGACCUAAUAGGUCUUAAAAUAAUAUUUAUGUGCCAUAUUUUUCUGAUGGACUCACAUAAAUGACAGAUUUUGUCUAACAUUUAUGAAAAUACAAAAUAAAUCAUUACACCGAAUGAUUUGAUUUUGUUAUCACGAACCGGCAAUUAACUUGGAGGAUUUUAAGUGCAUUUGAUUUCUGUUUUUUUUUUUUUUUUUAAUCAUGACGGGACUGGUUAAGCUUUAUUUUAAAACCAUUUUUAAUUUUCACCUCUACUCUAUACUCCAAACCACCCUUUUUGAACACCGAUGCGAAUAGAAAAUAAUUGUCUAGAAAUUUUGAUACGGAUAAUAUUACAAUAUUAGAUUUAUUGUUUUUGAGUCACGACCGUUUAAAGUUUAGACCGAAAGAGUAGGGAAUGGUAGAAUAUAUAACAUGUCUAAUUUAGAUUCUGAACUUUUCUACCAGAAAUUUUGCUUCGAUUUUCAAAUGUAGCACUUUUUCUGGAAGAAAAUUUGACUGAGGUCGUACUUUAACCCGUAAGCACUCGCGCAGGGUAAAUAAUCUCCCACGCUAUCUUUGCGCGUGAAUUUUAUCAAAGUUAGCAGUUGCACAAUAUUAGUAAUAACUACAGUCUCGUAGAUUUAUUUAAUAUUUUUAAAUAUUUUGGCAUACGUUUUUCAUUUUAAUAUUUAUCAUAACGGAACGUCAAAAAGGAAUCGACAAAGGUUGGUACCAUCUGUGUAAAACUAGUUUGUAGGGAUGAUUUGAUGAUUGAAAUGUUUUUCAGCGCCAUAAUAUGAGAUAUAUUCGUAUUUUAAUAUAUAAUUUAUUAUUUUUUAUUUCUAUUAUUUUCAAUUAUUUUAAAGAAAAUGAAAAAAUAAAGUACAAUUCAAUGCCUUACUUUAUUUCUGAUAGUUGUUCUUAUUAUUAUAUUAUAUUGGUACUGAUACAGUUUAAUAUUGAAGAAUUUGAAUCCUAGGUAAUUUUUUCCCCCACACGAGUAAACAGCACUGCGUAAGUCGUGCGAGUGCUUAAGUGUUACACAUCAUGUUAUUUUUUUACAUUCUAAGAAUUUUUCAUAAUAAAUGAGAAAAAACGUAUGAAAAAUGGAGAAAUAUAUGAAAUGUAUUAUUUUCAAAACGUAAAUAUUACGGACUUUUAAAACACGUAAAACUGAACUCCGCUCAGAAUCGUUUUUCAUUAGCAAUCGUUGAGUUCGGAUGUACAUUAAAUUUCCACCCUAUUUUCCCAACUUCUUACUUACAAUAAUGGCCCACCCAUUUUGCAAUAUAUGUUUGAUUGUACAUCUUGUAAUUGGCUCUUCCCUAAUCCUCCGGUUAUAACUCAUAAAGAAUAUUUCUGAUAUUACAGUUAUGCGUAUCAAAAUUUCUAAAAAAAUGUUUUUUAUUCGAACCACUGUUCAAAAAGAGAGGCUUAUUUGAAAAACAAAAGUAUAUACUUUUUCAAGGUAUAUGGAAUAGGGGUCAAAUAUUCAAAAUGUUUUUAAAAUAAAAUUUAAUUGAUUCCACAAUAAUUAAAAAACAGAAAUCAAAUAUAUUUAAAAUACUCCGAGCAAAUCGCUGGAUCGUGAUCACUCUGUAUGUUAGCAAAAAAUUAACAGUGUAAAAUUCCAUAUGUGAUGUUCCUGCAGGUGCGUGAAACAAAAUAUAAAGCUCAUACUGGUAUUUUUAUCUGUAUCCUGUAAUAAUAAGUAAAUGCUAUAAAAUCCUACUCCUAAUUAUUAUUAUAUACAUAUUACAUAGUAUAAAGUGUAUUGUACACCACGGAUUAAGAUAUACAGGAUAUCAAACGAACUUUUUCAAGGUCACUAAAGACAAGAUAUCGAAUUUAUUACGUACCCUACCGCUCUAGUCUGAACUUUAAACUGCCUAUAGUUGAUUUUUAUACCAAUUUUGUCUUGCGACUUGAGCGCUAGCUGUUAUGCCAAACAGUGAGAAGCGGGCGGACCUCAGAAAAACAUUGAUAAGUCUUUUCCGUUCGGUAUCCUGUACAUCUUAAUUCGUGUUAAACACUCACAAGUCACGACAAAUUAUUAUAUUGUUAAAUAAUAAUAUUAGAAAAUUUAACGAUAUAAUGUUUCCCGAGUGAGUGUGAUUAAAACCGUCUUAAAAAUUGUAUUAAUUUCAAUGAUAAUUAAACAUUGUUUAGCUUCUGACAUUCCAAAUUUAUCAUUUUUGAGAUUUUGGAACAAAAUUAUUUUGGCAAAGGAAAAUUGUGUAUAAUUUAAUGCAAGGAUCAUCAUAGGUUUAGUUGAUGUUAAAAAAAGUCGUUCAUAAAAUUUUCAUUUUUUUUUUGUUUUUUAUAAACAUUUUUAAAGUUUAAAUUUCGACAAAAAUCGUAAUAAUCAUGACAUUUCAAAACACGUAGGUAUAACUGAACUUCGCUCAAAAUUGUUUUUCGUUUUCAGUGGUUUACCGUUGUAUACAUUGUAUACAUACAUAAAAAUAACUGCAUAAAUCCUAUAAUCUUCCUAACUUACUACUACAAUAGUGGCCCAUCCAUCCUAAAAUAUUGUUGUCAUGUAAAUUGUUCAUGUAUCGGCUUUUUUUUCGUAUUUCCAAGUUUUCAUUAGUUACACAGGGUAAACCAUAUUUGAUACCAGUAAAGGGAAAUACAAAUCCAAAACUAAAUUAUUCGGAACGUAAGAACACAGAUUACAAAUGUACAGAACAGAAUAGUCUGACAUUCAAUUUUUCGGACAGCAAAAAUCCGGAACGUUAUAUUCCGGAAAAAUAUCAAUGAUAAAAUGUAAUAAAAGUAGUAUUAUUAUACGCCUGGUCAUAAAUAUAUUUAUUUUUUUUUUUUUUGUCAUGGAUAAUAAUAAUAUUUAUAAAAUUUGAUAAACUUGUAUAACGUGAAAUCGUGUAAGAAACAAAAAAAGGAGCCAGUGUGUAAUUAGUGAAAUUAAAGCUAAAUAGUUGGGGCGGGUGAACUAUUUGAAUGUACGGAGUCAGAUGAAGAGAAAAGUCCGGUGAAAUAAAAAUUGAUAUUGGUAACCUAUUUUUGAAUAGACUGGAGGUUUCCGUUUUAGGAACGGUAAGAAAUCUUCAAAAAAAAAAUAAAAAAAAUAGGAACUAUUUGCUUUUACUUAAUUUCAAAAUAUUACGUUCUGGACUUUGGUGGCCCAUGAUUUUUUGUCUGGAUUCCUACGUCCCGGAUUAUUUUGCGGUUCGAGGUUUCACGUUCGGGAGUAUUACGUUCCAGAAUAUUACAUUCCGUGUUUUUAUCAUUCCGGAAAAUUAAGACCUACAAUACUGGUAAAUGACAACCGACAACCAAUUAAACGAGCUUCACACGGAAUCAUUUUCCCCGUUUGCAAUAAUUUAUCGAUUCAUUAUAUUUGGCAUUUUUAAAUACUAUUGAACUGCAGAUAACAACUGACGGGUCCGUCUUUACGCAGUCAGACCAACAAGCACUCAACUAUGAAAGCCAUCGUUCGUUCAAAACAAAAAUACUGGAUCGUAUUGAAAAGCUCAAGACGAACUUUGCCACCUGUAAACAGGGUGAAAUGUUUUGGAACAAAACAGCACCGCUGUGGAACCGAAUGACGCAGUGUCUGGAAGAGGAAACCCUCUUAGAAGAAAGUGUGGAGUGGGCACCGAGAGAGUACCGGGGCAACGAGUCAGAAGUUAUGAUGGUAAAUGCCACGGACGUCCAGGGGCCGACAUUGAUGCAACAAAUCAUGUUAAACAGUACGAACUCUUUUAAUAUUUUUCGCGUUCAUAUCGUAUACCUAAGUGUUUUGAAAAGUUAUCGAAAUUGUUGGUUUCAAACGGUUUAUGUCACAAAUAACAUAAUGAUGAUAAUAACGGUAUCCGGCAAUUUCUACUUUUCGAGUUCAAACGAUAAAUACAUUACAUUUAUUGAGAUUUCUAAUUAAUAAUAAUUUGUUAUGAUCAUUAUCAGACAAAAUCAACGGGCGCUAACCUUAGGUGGUGUAUUGGGAGGGUAUACGGGGGGUACGCGGCGUAUAACCAACACGCUUUUUUUUGUCCGUGGCGUAAAGCUUACGACUAAUUGAUUAUACGCGGGUAUACGGCCGUAUCUACCGUAUACCCAGCAUGGCAAUUAUAAAUACCUAUUUAAUAUUUAUAAAUAUUGUUGUGAAUUGCAUUUUGAUGAGCACGAACUGUAAUACAGGACGUAGCGUCAUUUUGUUUUUAUGAAAAAUUAUUAUCGUUUAAAAAUUAAGGUUUCGUUAAUAGUCUUGUUAUCAAGCAAGUGAUGAAUGAUGAUAAUAUAAUACAUACUAUUUUACUAAUAUAUUCCGUACACGUUCUUGUUUUUCCACCGUGUUUUCACAUUUGACGAGAAUUUCCUGAGAAAAUCGAGAAAUGAUCUCCCCAGUCUGAUUUUAUUUCCAAAAUAAAAUGCUAUCAUUGUAAAUCGGAGCUAGAUUUCUAGUAAAAAAUUUGGGUAUAGAUAAAAAAAAAAAUUAAUUAAUAUCUUUGUAAAAUCAUAAGCUUCUUCGGUCCGUUCAAAAACUAAAAGAUUCAUUGUCCGAGAAAAAAUUUUUUGGACCCUACCUUUAGAACUCCAUAUAUCUCUAUACACGUGAAUAAGACGUAUACUCACGGUUUAUUGUAGCAAUACAUCAAUGAUUAGUGUCAGGAUAGACUGGUACACUAAUUCAGUAGCGUAUUUUUUCUAGAAAAGAUGUCCGAAAUUAUUUCCGUCUCAUAAACUAACUUAGUUCUGGAUUUUCGGAUUACAUAUUUCGUGUCACAAGCUGUUAUGGACACAACUUGUGUACCGGCCGAUAAGAAUUCAGCACGCGUCUCGUUAACACCGCAGAAAUUGUUUUAUUUUUUUUACUCUCCCAAUAACAGUAAACGAUUCUUAUUGAAUUCCCGGUGUGAUUCGUCGACUUUAUCGACGGAUGAAGUGGUAUAAUAUUAAUAGAACACAUUUAUUGUUUCCAAAAGACGUAAAUUACGGCCCGACCGACAACAAUGAUAAUAUGAUAAUUGAAGCGAUGAAAAAGGCCAAAAUUUUAUCGGAACCGACAGCCACCGCCAACGACGUGAUAUCCUUGGCCAGGAAGAUAGUAGAACACGAAGCGGACAUUAGGAUCAACGUGGAGUACAUUAUGCACGGGUUGGUCGAGAGAGGUAUAUUCGAGUACACGAAAAAAAGAAUUUCCAGUGAGUGAAUACGAAAAUUAAAAAUAUACUGGUUGUCCAUCCAGAUGUGUUGAGGUGGCAAUCCCCAAACUUACACUAUUUCGUACUAAACGUAAAAAAUGAAAACGAGCGCUCCUCGUAUGAACAAUUAUUACGCAUGGGCAUAGUAAUAAAUAUUGUUACGGUCGCCGUAAACAGUGUUUCAAAACAGAAAUUUUUCGGUCAUAAUCAAAUAUUUUUAAAUUUUUUUUAAUUACCUGAAUGUGAAACUUUUAUUAUUUAGUAAAAUAAUAAUACAUUUUCGUUACUUUUAAUAUUUAUAACAAUAAGCAGACUUAUAUUAGGUGUUUUAAUGGAGCUUACCUCGUGUUACAAUAUUUAUUACCUUGUAAUUUUAAACUUCGAUAGAGUGUUUAAAAAGAAAACAUUUGUAAAUCGUUAAAUCGAAAUACACUAUUUUAUAAGCGAUCAACAGCUCUUCAGAAGUGAUUUACUUGCACAAUUAUAAAUAUUAUAUUAACUUAGUAAAGAUAAAAUAAAAAAAAAUUUGAAUAUUUGCGCCAAGUUGCGCGACGACAAGAGUUAUAUUUAUAUAAAUCAGGAACUAUAGUGAAUACCAUGGUCUAAUAUUCAGUCGCCUCAAGUUACCCCUAAAUAAAUAAAAUCGAUUAUCAUAUUUGUUUUAUCAAGUAUUUAUUUUUUAUAAAAUCACGGAAUGUCAUCACAAAGAGUUGUGUAACCGUCGAUCUCCUCAUUUUAAUCACUUUUACUAUAGCUAUCUUCAUCUGAAAGUAUUAAAAAAUAUUUUGAAUUCCUUCAUUUCAGUUUUUGUUGGUUAUCUUUUAUGUUCUUUAAUAUAUAGUGAAUGUAUGAGUGGGUCUGAACUUAUCAUAAGAAGUUGAAAUAAAUCUCGAUUGGUACAUUCUCUUGACCUUUUCCGUGUGUAUUUUAAAUUAUAGGAAUUUGUAUUUAUUGAAAAACGUUCCAGACACUGGGCAAGUAAAACUGUAACUAGUUGGAAUAAAUAUUCUAGCUAAAUUUAAUUUGAUUUCUCUGAUAGUAUUUUUAUAGGUAGAUAAACAAAACUACUAUCAAUAACAACAAUAGGUACUUUGUACGAAUACUCGUAAAUCGUUUACGAUAACAACCUAUACUUUUAUGCAGGCGCGUACACAAAAAAAAUUCAGGAGAGAUUCAUACAAAAUUUACAAUUAUCAAUAUUCAUAAAAGAAAAUUAAAUUUAUAUAAAUAAAUUACAAAAUUAUUAAUUUUCGGAGGGAGGGGGUUCAUCCCCCCAGAAUAAGUACCUGCUUUUAUGCAAGCUGAUGCAAUGUCAAAUUUUUGUUGUUUUAAUUUUAUUGUAAAAUUCUAUAAGUUAUUUAAUAUAUAGUAUAAUAUAAAUCAAAACAUUUUCGGCAAGGGGGGAGGUAAACCACGAACAUUUUUAUUGAUAGAACAGUACUAAUUCCUAUAAUUUUAAAUUGUAUAUUAUAAAUAUUACGUCUUAAUAAUUAUGACCGGCAAAUUUCUGUUUUGGAACACUGUGCGCCGUCUUUCUUCUAUGACCAGUUUAGAAAGUUAAAUAAGAAUAGGUUUUACUGUGUACAUAACUAAUAGUUAACUAUACUAGGCGACGACGUCUUUUCAGACGAAUCUGGAGCGAUUUGUAGUGAGCUGUAAUUUGACGUGUAGAAAACAUAAUAGGUCUCUUCAAAUUAACGUACAAAUUAACUAAAACAUCAAUAUUUGUAGUUAAAAGUGUCUCGAUUUGUUCGAACAAUAUAAUUUAGCACCAGCACUAACAUCUCACGUUUUAGAUUCAGAGUAAUAACUAUAACUAUACGCCAGCUGAUUUUCAGAUUCAGUUUAGGAGUCUCGCAUCGAUACGUUGGUACAUACGCGAUACAUCUUUAAUUAUGGUGAAUACUAUUUCUAUAUAGACAGACGUUAAAAAAAAAAAUAGUAAAAAUAACCGUUUGGUAUUUUCGUGGCAGUUUUUCGCGAAAAUAUCCGAAUUUUUUCGGCAAAAACGAACAAUUAUUAUUCCACGCACUUGCAUCUUCCUCGGGCCGUUUAUCGACGAACCUAAUACCUAAGUUCUUUUAAAUAAUGUACGGGCCUUUUACGUGAUUUCCGAGAGGAAGUCACUUACCUAUAAAAUAAUAUAGUAAUUUGCCGCAAAAUUAUCGAUUAUUUUUUCAGAGACGAUAUACGCAGACGCCCGAAAGACCAUCGACAGACUGCGACACGUGAACGAUAACGGCGUGAUUCCGAAAAAACUGAUCAAGUCCAAAAACAAAUUGGAAGUGGCGACUGUGGUCAACGACCUUAUAAAUAACGACCACCUAUAUAGCCGAUUCGACCGGUCGCUGGACGGCAAUGUCGUACCAGAAACGGGCGUCGACCGGAUGCGCGCUUUCUUGGCCACCUUGUCGAAUGAAAUAUUUCCAAUGAAACUGUACCAAAUGGAUGGCCGCCGAAAACUUUUCGAGGUUAUGUUGAAAAAAUAUCACACAUUCUGGGAGGAGAAACUCUCCUCAUUCGUUAGCUUACAUUUUUAUAAGGAUCUGUAAAUUAAUUUUAAACAUUUAAAUUUUAGACCAGUAAAAGCUAUCAUCAAUAGGUCAUCCUGAUCUUGGGUGCUUACCCUCUCCCUGAGCUGAGACAUUGCCCCCUUGAAUCAAUACAAUGUAUUAUUUUUAUUUAAAAUCGCAUUUAUUUUAUAUUAUAAAUAAUUUUUGAUUAAUAAUAAUAAGUUUCGAAAUAGGUAGGUAUGCACUUUGUUUUUACCAGAAGUACCCUAAGUAAAAAACAAAAAAUUGUUAACAAUAAUUUUUAUUAAUUUUUUGUACUUUCAUAACCUUAAAUUUCGAAUUAUAUUUGUAUAUUUUAAAUACUAACAAUGAUAAAAAAAAAAAAACAUUGUUGAUUGUAUAUAAAUUUUGUAAAAAGGACAUGACGUGUUUAUUUAUAUUUUUAUAUUGUUUAAUAUUCGUAUAUUUAUAAUUUUUUGUCCCAGUAAAGGGAAAACCGUCCGAAAAAUCAGAGGAAAAAGUAACGCAUGGGCGUAAACGUCCUAAAUAUGUAUCAUCAUGUACCUUCCUGACCUCUAGACUAUAACAUCGGCGGACGCUAACACGAUUCGAAGCAUUACCGGCCACGGCUGUUUUUACCAUGCUUAUAUUAUUAAUUACUUGUCCACGAAGACAAAUAAUGGUUCUUUCUUAAUUAGCGCACUCAUCUUUUCGAUUCCAAAACGAAAAUCUUUUUUACUUUUUUCGACUCCCUUUUCGCCCGGUCGUAUGGUUUUUGAAUAAAAAUAUCAAAAUGUCGAAAAAUGCAUCGUUCAUCUUUUGUUCGUAUAUACACCGGUAUAAAUAUACAGCGGAAAUAUUUCGUAAAGAUUUUCCCAAAGGGCAUAAACAAAGGUAGAAACGAUUAGCAAUAAAAAUGAAGUGUACGUGGAUUACUGCAAAUUAAUGCUAAAAAAAUCAGUGGUCAAUGCCUCCGUCGUUGUCGCGAAAAGCGUCCCGUCCGUGAAUCUACGUGUGUGUCUGAUUAUCAUUUUUAUUAUUCACGCUCUCUAUUAUUGUGUAUUAUUAUAAUCCUUAUUGCAUUGUAAUUAUAUUUGUUUUAAAAUCAUGGCUAUCGAUUUAUGUUUUAUUAUUAUUAUUAUUAUUCGGCAUGCAUAAUAUUAUUAUUUAACGCCGAAUUUCCGUUGCGCAGGACAUCCAGGAUUUGGUGGCCGUGUUCUUGGUGAUAGCGCACCAGAAGACCGCGUAUUUCGUGUCCACCACAAAGCCGGACGACCUGAAGUUCGCCGGGUCGUCGCCUGUGACCAUAUGCAUGGUGUACAGGAUAUGCCGUAAGUUGGCUAAGUACGUGUUGGGCAAGUUUCGGACAGACGAACGGAAAACCCACAACUUUUGGGCGACCGUUAACGCGUACAAGGCACUAUUAUCCAAGAGGUCUCCUUGCGUUGUGUACGACCGUCGAGUGUUCAAGCCGCCAGAAAAAAUCGACAUGAAGUACUACCGGACGCUGUAUAACGACAUGAACCCGCGGAAAAAGAAGAUUGUGCCCCACAGUUCGUUCAUUAAGUCGUCGGGUUAG